UGUUUGUACUGUAUUAUGCAGAUAACACCUAUCGAAUUCGAUAUGUAAAAUCUAUCAUGGCUAAAUUAGACUUUUUUGUGAUUAUUUUGAUUCAUUGUUUACAGAGUGUAACCUUGAACUACACUGAGAAUCAAUACCUGUCAAAUAAUGGUGGCUUCCUGUUUUCGAUGCCGCGUGUUUUGGUUUCUGGACAAAACCACACUGUUUGUAUUUCACUGCAUGAUAUAUUGGUUCCUGCUAGAUGCAAUAUUGAAAUUAAACAAAGGGAUAGGCAUUUUCCGGUGACGAGAACAAUAGAAUUAGACAACACCUGCUUUGAAUUAUUUAUUCCCAAACUUCAUCAUCAAGAACCUUACUUAAUUGGAGUAAAUAUACAGAUUCAAAGUAAUGAUUACGUUUACUCUGCCCGGAAUUUAGAUCCCAUACUGGUUUAUCCAAACAAAUGGGUUAAAACUUUUAUAGAUACCGAUAGAAGUUUCUAUAAGCCUGGUGACAAAAUUAAGUUUAGGAUUUUAGUGGUUGACGAAAAGCUGCUACCUGUGAAUGUUAAGAUUCCAAAAAUUUCUAUCAACAAUCCCUUAGAAGUAACAGUAGCAGUAUGGGAAGAUGUAAAUUUGGAAAAUGGUUUAGUCAGUUUAGAAUACGAACUGGUUCAAGAAUCUCUAGUGGGUAAAUGGAAAAUUGAGUGUAUGGGAGAGUCUGUUCACUUUGAGGUUUCUAAAUACGUAUUACCAAGAUUCCAAGUUCAACUAAUGUAUCCGAAGAGAAUUUAUUACAAAGUAGACUCUUUUCCAAUCCUUGUUUGUGCACAAUACGCACACAGACGUCAAGUGAAAGGAUUAGCUUUCAUUAAAGUUACAAAUGCAUAUAAUAAUAUGAAGCCAAUUAAUAGAUUGAAAGGGAUGGAAAAUGGCUGUGGGGAAUUCAUUAUUUCUGCAGAAGAUAUACAACUAGUAAACACAACUACUAAAGUUAUAUCAGAAACAAAAAUGUCUCUACAUAUUUCGGCCACUGUAACUGAGAAAGGUACAAAUAAAAUUGAGAUCGAAUUCGGAAAAAUUGCAAUCGAUUAUCAGCCAUUUAAAAUGAAAUUUUCAGGUGAAUCUAUGUUUCAACCUGGCUUACCUUACCUAGGAAAACUAAUAUUAACUGACGUAAGCAGGAAUCUGUCUCAAGAAGUUGUUGAGAUAUGCUACAAUAUUGCAAUUAAGAAAAGUUGGAAUUACAUCAACAACGAACAAUGUUCUAACUUUACUCUUAAUGGAGAUAACGAAUUGAAUUUUCAAGUUCUGCCGAUGACAAGGAACGUUAUUCACAUCAGCUUUUAUGCGAAAUCUAUUUCCCACCCCAAUAUUGAAGUCAGUUUUUCAGCUAUUCGAUUAUUCUCUCCCAGUAAUAGUUAUAUGCAGCUACAUCAAAAUAUCCAACAAUCAACAAAAAACGAAUGCAGAGAAAUUCAAGAAUUUAAAGUUUGGUUUACAGCUGAUUAUCUGACAGACAACGAUCAAGUUACAUUUUAUUAUGUGGUGAAAAGUGGAUCUCACAUUUACCACCAAAACAAAAUAGCACAUAAAGUCAAAAGAAUACUGCCGCGGUAUUUUGACGAAUUCCAAAAUAUCGUAGGAGGCAAACAUAAAUAUUCCAAACUUAGUACAUAUGUGGAUAGUUUCGUCAUAAAGUUCGAACUCAACAAAAGAAUAAUAUAUGCUUAUCAGCUAUUAGUAUACUAUAUUAAUAGUAAUGGUGAAGCAAUUGCAGCAAGUAAAACAGUUAAUGUAGAACCAUGUUUAAUGAAGGUUUCGGCUAAUUGGAAUCAAGAACAAAUGGUACCGGGUGCCACUGCGCAAUUAAAUAUAAAAACUACAUCUCAAUCGCUAUGUUCAGUAUCGGCUAUAGAUAAAUCAACCACUUUUUUUGGUUUAAAUUAUCAAAGACCCAAACUAACUUCGAUUCUAAAGACAUUUUAUCCAGAUGAAAGAGGAUUUUUGAACACUACCAGAAAAAUAUGUGUUGUUAGAGAACGACAUAAGAGUUCACAGAUUAUGAAAAAUUCCCCUAGAAGAAUAGCUCGACACGUUUAUUUCUUCUCCGAAGAUUAUGACGCUUUUGACAUCUUCAACAACUUUGGAAGCUUAGUUAUCACCAAUUUAAAGUUAGUCACCAAAUCAUGUUAUCAAGGUCCACUUUUAACGAAUGCAAAAGGAGUUCAGUUUCUAACACAACAAUAUGAAGACGAAAAUGAACAACAAGUGACAUCAAUCAGAUCUGUGUUUCCGGAAACGUGGUUAUGGGAAUUAGUACCAUUAAAUGGAGCAGUUCAGCUUAGACGACAUCUACCACAUUCAAUAACAUCGUACUUAACAAAUGUUCUGUGUGUUUCUGAAACUGAAGGAGUCGGAUUGAGUGAUGAAAUGGAAAUAACUAUUUUCCAGAGUGUUUUUGUGGAAGUACUAACUCCUUACAGUGUAAAGCGCGGCGAAACGUUUUAUGUUUACAUACACGUUUCCAAUUACAAAAAGCAUUCUUUACCGAUUCGUCUGAAUUUUUUAAUUUCCGCUGGUUUAGAACUUCGAGAUAAGGAAACGAAGUUGAGUACCUCAUAUUGUAUAUCUGGAAACGAUACCUAUUCUUAUAAAGUGAAACUUAAGGCGGUUAAUUUAGGUGCCGAAAACAUCAGCGUUUUAGUAGAAACCGACAAUCAAUAUCCAUUUUUGUGUGGACCAGAUACUGUUGUAUUCAAAAGAGAUUCAGAAGUUAAAACAAUUAUAGUCGAAGCUGAAGGAUUCCGGAUGAAGAAAACGAAAUCUGCUCUUUUGUGCGCUUCUGAUUCUUCUUUUAUCAACAAUAAUGUAUCUUGGUACAUAACAGUACCUUCUUCAAUGAUUCCUGAUACUUUCAAGUCCCACAUAAGCCUUAACGGCGACGUAUUAGGCAAAACCAUUGACAAUUUGGAAAAUUUAUUGGAUAUGCCGACCGGAUGUGGUGAACAAAUAAUUUCAACUAUGGCACCCAAUUUGUACGUUUUGCGGUAUUUGAAUUCAACGGGUUCCUUAAAAAAAGCGAUGAAACAAAAGAUUUUAAGAAACUUAAAAAUAGGAUAUCAAAGAAUUUUAAACUACGUUCACGAAGAUGGUUCUUUUUCUGCAUUUGGAUAUCAUGAUCCCAUGGGCUCUAUGUUUUUAACUACCUUUGUAGUUAAAAUUUUAUCUCAAGCCAAACAACAUAUUUACAUAGAUCAGCACGUUAUAAAUAAGGCGGUUGACUGGAUAUUUGAUAAACAACUUGAAAAUGGUUGUUUUAGUACGAUGCAGCAUGUUUUCCAAGACAUGGGUGGUGCAAGCAAGGAAAAUAGCACAGCAAGCUUAACGUCUUACGUCAUUCUCAGCUUAACAGAAGUGAACAUUUACAUACCAGAAAAUGUUAAAGUGAAUUCUAUGUUUUGCAUUCGCAGUCAAGUAAAUCCAGAUAAAUAUAGUCUAGCGCUUAAUUGCUACGCAAUGUUUCGAUUAAAUUGGAACAGUGAGGCGAAUAAAUUGCUAAAAAAACUUUUGGCGGUAUCGGAACAGCAACAAAAUAUGUUGUGGUGGAGCAAUAAAGGAAUCAACACCACGUUAGCCUCAGAUAUUGAAACUACGAGUUAUGCUCUGAUGUCCUUAUUGCGUCAGAAUACUUCAGAACAUUGGGCACAUGCAUUGGCAACAGUACGAUGGCUAAGCGCAAAGUUUGGAUCAAGAGGUAGCUUUGUAUCUACACAGGAUACAGUAGUAGCAUUAGACGCAUUAUCGAGAUAUUUACAUUCAAUUGAAACUCAAAACUUGAACUUAUUAAUACAAAUAAAAACACCGGAGGGUAAACAAAAUUUGACCCUUACUAGCACAGACAGUUUAAAGUCUAGAAAGGUACCUUUGAAUGAAAAAAAUGGAACUGUUUCUGUGAGAAUAGAUGGAAGUGGAUGUCUAUUGGUACAGAUAAUACAAACAUUUAAUUUCAAAAUAAUUCCUAGAAACGAAGCUUUCAGAUUUGCUAUGGAGGUGUCUCCAGUAUCUACAAUAAGUAAAUGUGCAAUUACAAGCUUAUCACCUUGUUUAGCAUAUACUGCCCCAGAUGGACCAUCUAACAUGGCAGUGAUGGAAAUAUCAUUACCAACUGGAUACCAGGCAGAUAGAUCAUCACUGUAUAGAUUACUUGAUUCCAACAAUACAUCACGAAUAGAAAUGUUUGAAGAAAAAGAAGACAAAGUUAACCUGUACUUCACAAAGUUGGACAAACAUAUGGUUUGUUUCACUUUCAAUAUAAAUGAAAACUUUUUAGUGGAAGAAAGAAAGAAUGCCCUCAUUAAAAUAUAUGAUUACUAUAAUCCCGAGAAUAAAGUGCAACAAUUUUACAAUAUAAGUGAAGAAUGUAAAUAUUCUGAAGAUACAGAGUUACCUGAAGUUAUCGAAACUGAUAAUUUUAGGAAACCCGUUUCAGAAGAAAAAAUGAUUUCUAAAGAUAUUACUACAAUUGAUAAGCCUCAAUAAUAUUUAUUUUAUAAUGUAGCUUAAGUUAUCUCAAAUAUACUUAUACUGAUAAAAAA